GGACGGUUGUCCCUGAUUUUACACAUCAUGCCCACUCUGCCUCAUUGUCAGCGGUAGCAGUGAAUAACAGAUAUGUGGUCACUGGGAGCAGAGAUGAGACAAUCCAAAUCUAUGACAUGAAAAAGAAGAUAGAACAUGGGGCGCUGCUGCAGCACAACGGCACAAUAACUUGUUUGGAGUUCUAUGGUACUGCACAUCUACUGAGUGGGGCUGAAGAUGGACUAAUUUGUAUCUGGAACACAAAAAGAUGGGAAUGCUUGAAAUCCAUUAAGGCACAUAAGGGGCACGUGACAUCUCUUUCUAUUCAUCCUUCCGGGAAAUUAGCUUUGUCAGUAGGAACAGAUAAAACAUUAAGAACUUGGAAUCUUGUAGAAGGACGGUCAGCCUUUAUCAAAAACCUGAAGCAAAAUGCCCACAUAAUUAAAUGGUCCCCUGAUGGAGAGAGGUAUGUGACCGUGAUAAUAAAUAAAGUGGAUAUCUACAAACUUGACACAGCUUCAAUCACUGGCACUAUCACAACAGAGAAGAGAAUUUCUUCACUUAGAUUUAUUACAGAUUCUGUCCUUGCCAUAGCUGGAGAUGAUGAAAUUAUAAGGUUCUACAGCUGUGACUCUCAAAAAUGCCUGUGUGAAUUUAAAGCUCAUGAAAACAGAAUAAAAGAUAUCUAUAGUUUUGAAAGAGAAGGACAACAUGUUAUUGUUACUGCAUCCAGUGACGGUUACAUUAAAAUGUGGAAUCUGGAUCUUAAUAAGAUUAAAGAUGUGCCAUCUUUACUGUGUGAAGUCAAUACCAAAGCUAGGCUGACAUGUCUUGCAGUAUGGCUUGACCGAGCUUCAGAAAUGAAAGAAAAUUCUGAUAAAGCUGCAACAUCAUCUCAAGCGAUUGAAGAUGAAAAAUCAUCAAUAGUCAGGAAACAAAAAGUUUGUUGGACGGAUGAAAGUGAUAAAACAGCAGAACAAAAGAGAAAAAUUACUCCAGAGAAGCAAAAAUUGAAAGCUCCACUGCAAAAGAAAAAAAAGAAACGGAAUAGCUCAGCAUAAAGGCAGCUACUUUCUCUCCUGAACAAAAAGUAAAUAAUGGUGUUGCUGUAGUUUUUAUAAGGAUGUAAACCUCUGACAGGACAUAUACCUCUGAACUGAAAUGUUGUUUAAAAGUAAUGAAUGUUUUUACCCUAAUAAAUUGACUGAUCAUUCUGGGAAGUAGCAAAAGAGGUGGCAACUUUUCCUAAGUGAAUGAGGCAAAAAUAAAUUCAUAGUACGUAAUGUUUCUAUUUUUCUAUUAACAAUAGCAUACACUUUUUAACUGGCUCUGAAAAAGUGAUAAAAAUAGCUGCAUCUAUCUCAGUUACAUUUUUGUCUCACCUAAAUGCUUAUUAAAAAUACAUACACUUUUU